AUGGAUCUGCCGAAUAGCCCUCAGCGGUCGAGGCAGCUUCGCAUGGUGGAAAGAGACCGGAAGAGGGCGGCUCGGGCGGCGUUGUCUCCUGAUGAUAACGAGAGCUCAGAGGCUGCACAGAGACUGGCAUACCUUGAGAGGAUUGCUCAAAAAUGCGCAGGUGACAGCCGAGUACUGGAUAUAGACACGUUGAAGCGCCUUGCAGAAACAUCAGGAGGAGCUCUGGCUGCGGCAAGGCCGGCGGAUGAAUCUUCCCAAGGUUCUGACUCUGAUCGGGUUGAUGAUAAAUUCAGCGUAGAGCCGGUUCACGAGAACAUUACCCACUACUCUGGAGAGUUUUCGCAUUGGAACUUUUCUAUGCGCAUAAAAAAAUGGAUUGAUCAAGGUGUGCCAACCGACGGCCUCAAUAAACCGGCUGGCUCGAUUACAAACUUCAAAGAAUACUACCGCGCUGAAGAAUUGCAAUCGCCCGCCGUCGCAUUAUCUUCACUGUCUCGGCUUCCUCCCAGAGCAAUUGCCGAGUUUCUCAUCAACUGUUUUUUCACUCAUGCCGAGGCAAACUACUGCUUUGUAGAGAGGAACUGGCUCAAGACCAAAUUAGACUUGGUGUACGACAACCCAUCGCUGAUAACUUGGCGUGAUGUCGGGGUCGUCUGCAUGAUAUUCAGUCUGCUUGCAAUUGGAACACAAUAUGCGUACCUCGAGAUGCUGGCAGAUGGAACAAAUGGGCUUGCGGGAAAUGAAUCAUCAGGGCCUGGCAGCUUUUCCGAGGAUGCCGUUGGUAUUCUCUUCUAUCAACAAGCCAGUCGACUAUUGUCGGAUGUCAUUACAUUGUCAUCCUUGGAAUGUGUGCAGGCUUGUCUGCUGAUGGGCAUCUACACAUUGCCAAUUGACGCAUCGGGUCUAUCGUACAUCUAUCUUAGCUUGGCGCUGAAGUUAGCCAUCCAAAAUGGCAUGCACAGAAAAUAUUCUGGCAUUGACUUGGAUGCCGCCACUUGCGAGACGCGGAAUCGUGUUUGGUGGACCAUCUACACGAUAGAGAAACGAGUCGGUAUCUUUCAUGGUCGUCCGACUUCCAUAUCCAAUGCUGAUGUAGAUGCUGAUUUUCCAACUGACAAUCCACAAACCUGGCCAUCGUCGAAACCUACUCACAACGCCCAGCUUUUGGCAACGCUACAACUCAAUGAAAAGCUAGAUAAACUGUCUAGAGAAAUAACCCUCCUCCGAACAUCCCCCAAAACCGAGAUGAAUGACGGCCUGGCCCGACUGGUCGACAUGCAGCAUGAUCUCGAACGAUGGUGGAAUUCCCUUCCAGAUGACAUCGCCUGCAAGGAGCCCACGGCAUUGACAAAUACUUCACGGGGCAGAUUACAUUUAAAACUGGAAUACUGCCUAGUGCGCAUGUUUAUUGGCAGAGUCUUCAUACUUCCCCAACUCCGCCAAGGUGACAGUUCCAGCGUCUCAGAAUCAUCACCCAAGGAAUCCUCCAACGCCUCAUUAACCCGAAAAAGGCUACGGGCGACACUUGUUAGCGACUGUGUGAAAGCCGCCAUGCUAGUCAUAGACACGUGCCGUGCUAUUCGCAACAGCAUCGGCCUCGCUCGGGCUUCAUACACGGAGUUCAGCUCUUGUCGAGCAGCCCUUCUUGUCAUCACAACACAAUGCCUUCAGCAGAAAACGUAUAGAUUCCGUCAGUCUUUACGAGACGGACUUUCCAUGCUCAAGGAAAUGUCCUCGGGUAGUGAAUCCGCACAAUCCGAGCUCUCACUGAUACAGGCAUUCGAGAAUGCAAUUGCCAACAUCUACUCCACGGACCAAACUUCAGAAAAGUCUACUGGCGAGUCAGAGUAUCGGCGAUUCCAGCGGUGGCAACAGACUUGGAAGAAUGACCCGUCCACAUUAUCCCUGCCUGAAGAUAGUCCGCAGAGCAAUAACUUGGCGAUGGCACCGCCUGCGACCAAUUUGGGAAGACCAAGUACGGAUGAAAGCGCACACGAUAUGAUGUACGCGGCCUCCUGCACGCCCUUCUUCGGAGUAGACGGAACCUUUGCCUCGUUCCCACAGAAUCCAGAGGAUUUGUCAACCUUUUUCGGAGCAGAUUUCGGAUCCGGUCAUGAUUUCGGAGCCGGUUGA